AUGCGGAGCAAAGCUGACAUCGCCGAAGUGCCCGUAGUGUCUAGGACGGGGGGCCAGCAAGGUAAAAGGCCUGCCACUUCAAAAAAUAACGAUCUACCACAUAUCACCAUUGCCGAUAUACAUCCCCAAGAUCCAGAUCCGGAUCCUAGUUCUUGCUGGCAGUUGACAGCGCAGGACAAGAUUCAAGGGCCUGAGUAUUUAGGUAGAGAUAGUGAGAACAAAGCGCUUAUGAGACCCCGUCUUGAGACAAUUCUCGUCGCAGUCCUCGCAAGCAAGAAGCGCGAGUCCGCGUCAGCUUACGGAUCCCUUCAUCUUCAAUUCGAGAAGAAUUUGAGUUUGCCGUGGUCCUAUCAGAAUAGAGAUUACGUGUUAGAGGGCAGGGCAGACUACUCCAUUUGGUACGGGGCCCAGAAAAAGGAGACGAGCCUGCUAUUCUUUUGUGCACAACGUCGAGGGAACAUUGGCCGAUAUCAGGCAUUAUCUUCCAUGGGUAUGUGA